ACUCGUUUAUCUUUAAAUUCUAAAAUAUUAUGUAAUUAUGUUCAUUAUAUUAUAUAGAAUUAUAAAUACAAAUCAGCUAUUAGAAACACCAGAACCAAUGAACUUAGGUAUAUCUAAUACGUCUGGUUUGACAGACCAACCUAUUAAUGUUGACUGCAUAACACAAUUGCAGUUGCAAACUUGUGGCUUUUCGCUUGUUAGUACGCCAUGUAAGGAUAUAAUUGCUGAUGUAAAUAGUUCUGAAGUGGAAUUGUUUGGUAUAUCUGACCCCAAUGUUUCUGCUAUUACUGACACAGCUUUACCUAUUGAGUAUGAAGAUUCAAGAGAAGACGAUACCAUUAUUACAAAGUCACUCGAAGGUCGUAGGAUUGUUGAUAUACAACAUUUAUUCACACAAAUUCAACAGAGUAAACAUGACAAAUUCGACUGUUCAUUCAUUGACAUGGAAUUUCAGAACGAAAUUCGUAAAGGAUUCAAUUCAGUAUUUAAAUUUAAGUGCAAAAUUUGUGGUAUACAAUCUUCAUUUUAUUCAGAAAAUAUUAAUGAAUCCAAGUACUUAGGAAUUAACCUUGCAGUUAUUAAUGGUACUUUGGCUUUGAAAAAAGCUGACGAAGAAGAGCGAAGAUUAGCCAUAGAAAGCGGAAAUGUUGAUGAGCAAGGAGUCCCUAUGUACACUGUUAUUGAGGAUGGACAAUGGUCCAAAAGAAGUUAUAAGACCAAGUUCAACGCAUUUUCUGGAGCUGUGAUGGAGACAGUAGUAUAA